GAUAGAUAGAGAUGAAAAAUAUCCCAAUUCCCAAUUGGAUUCAAGCAAUCAUCUCCCUCCAAACAAAGAUCCAAUUUUAUAAACCAGAGGGAAAAACAAAGUCUUUGCACGGAUUCAAACAAUCCCUUUAACAUCAUGCAUCAUCGUAGAGCAUGACCCAAGACAAGGAAACCAUAAUACAAAGUCAACAUCUUUAACAAGUUGGCGACGGCGGCGGCGGAGGAACACUACAGCCAUGAGGCUCAUUGUGCCCUUACAAGGAAUAGUUCAGGGCAGAGACGGCGGCUUGGUUUUGGGUUCAGUUCUACCAUGUGCUCUGUUUUUCAUCAUGCAGUUCUAUCUCUGGCGAAACCGUUCCGUAUCAUCGGCACCACCUCCUCCUCCCCCUCCGCCGGCGGAUGAGACGGAAGUGUUCUCACCUGUAUUGCAUAGGGUUCACUCUCGUUCUAGUAUUUCGUCCCCAAGAGGCGGAGCAGCACCCGUAUCUUCUAGGGCCAAUUCCAUCUCGAAACAGAGUAAUAAUACUCCUUAUCAAAUCGGAUUGAAGAGGGUUUCCAGUGACCCUUAUGACCUGUCUACUAACCCAGAAGGCGUUCUUCAGCUUGGAUUGGAUGAAAACAGAUUAUCGUUGGAUUUGGUUCAAGACUGGUUGGCUGAGAAUGCAAUGCAUUUGAUUGCAGGUAUUUCAAGGGUCGCAACUUAUCAACCAUUCGAUGGAUUGAAGGAACUGAAAGUGGCUGUUGCUGGGUAUAUGUCUCAAGUAAUGGAAGGAUCUAUUGACUUCCAUCCGUCGCAAAUAGUGAUAACCGCCGGCGUUUCAUCUGCCAUUGAUAUACUUAGUUUCUGCUUGGCAGAUAUUGGAAACGCGUUUCUUGUUCCUUCGCCUUAUUCCCCAGAUCUGGAUAGGGAUAUGAAAUGGCGAAAUGGUGUGGAAAUCAUAGCCGUUCCUUGUCGCAGUGCAGAUGGGUUUGGUUUGAGUAUAACCGCUCUUGAAAACGCCUUUAACCAAGCAAAGAAACGCGGUUUAAAAGUACGAGGAAUCAUUAUAUCAAAUCCUAGGAAUCCUGUUGGUAAUUUGCUCAGCCAUGAAACGCUUUACAGCGUUCUGGAUUUCGCAAACGAGAAGAACAUUCACAUUAUAUCCAUCGAGUCUUCUUCUUCUUAUUCUUGUUCUACUCAUCAUGUAACCAUGGCGGAAAUUGCCAACAUAGAAGAUAGAGUUCACGUAGUUUAUAAUCUUUCAAACGAUCUCAGCCUCCCUGGUUUCCAUAUUGGUGUUAUUUACAGCUCCAACGCCAAUGUUUUGUCAGCAGCCAAGAAAUUAACCAGAUUCUCCCCGGUUUCAGCUCCAAUUCAACUGUUUUUAAUUUCAAUUCUAUCGGAUAAAGAAUUCGUCAAGACAUUCAUCGAAACAAAUAGAAACAGGGUGGGGAAAAUGCACUUGAUGUUAAUUGAAGGAUUAGAGAAACUAGGAAUCGAAUGCAGAAAGAGCAUUAAUGGCGGUUUGUACUGUUGGGUAAACAUGAGUGGAUUCAUACGGUCUUACAGUGAGAAAGGAGAGAUGGAUCUUUGGGAGAAACUGUUGAAUGUGGGGAAGAUGAACGUUACACCUGGAAUGGCUUGUCACUGUAUUGAACACGGCUGGUUCGGUUUUUGUUUUGCCAAUUUAACCGAACAUGAUGUCUCCAUCGUCAUGAAUCGGAUUAGGAAAGUUGUUCAAUCCAAUUGAUUGAUUAGUAAGUGUGAAUCAUUUAUUAUUACUGCAUAUAAUAUAUUUUGAUUCUUUUUACCUUCU